AUGGAGUUUAAUAUGCUUCAACUGGACUGAGAAUUGUUUAAUGCAUUCUUGGAAAAAUGUGAAGUUAUGAAGAUGACAAAGCUUCUGAGCUCCACCGCAAAGGAUCUUCCAUGUAGAUAGGAUGAGAACCACUUUAAAGCAACCCUGUCAAUCCCACUCCUGCGAAUGCUCAAGAAAAAUCGCAUUAUCUCCACGGUGUCAAACGUGGAUCCAGAAGCACCAAAACAGCACAAUUCCCAGCGUCUACAGAUAACAAAUCAAUAUUGACUACCUUUUUGUUCAGGGAAGUUUGUUCUCUUAAGAUUGUACAUAAGUGCUCAAAGUCGUGGUGUUGUUUUCCCAAGUAACUUUAAUCUACAAUGCUUUGACUUAAGCUUUCCUGGAAAACGGGAAGUUUAACGCUUCUCUUUUUGCCCGUCCAUGUUGAGUUUUUGGACAUGACGAGACCAAGGUCCAGUUACUAUGUGUGUUUGGGUGUUGAAGUUUCCCUCCCUCAGCUUUUUCACCAGAUCGACGGAUGCCCUUACCAGGACGACCGUUACCUGACUACACUGGUUCCAGUGACUGGAUCGUCUGGUCUUCAGUUCCCAACCCACUACAAGCGUUUUGUUGUCAAGAUGUUCACAUUUGUAGAUCCGGCCUCGUUCACUCCUCUGCAGGAAACGAUCUUCAUCCACUGCAGUACAGAGGUGUGUCAUCCCUCUUCUGGCUCCUGUGAGCAAAGCUGCACCAGGAAAAGAAGAGAUGUUGCUGUGAAGACUGCCACUACUGUGGUUUCUAGUGGAGAAGUGAGACUGAUUCUAUGAUUUAUUAAUCUUUCAAUAAACUGUCUGAGAAUAUUUUGUGCAGCGCUACCCAACCUGAAGUUGCUCCCAUGUUGAUGUAAGGGUCAACUGACUCCCAGGUGUUGCUACAAAUCUCCCUUCAAUCAUUUGCUUUAUCAACUCUUGGACCUGUUUGGGUUCUCAAAGGAAUUUCUAGAGACCCUGAAGGUUCCAUGUGUUGAGACUUUCAAAACUAACAUUGUGCUGAACAAUCUUAAGUAAAUCCAAGUUCUCAGUUUAUUUAACCGGGACACACUAGGCAUUGUCACAGACAACCGACGCAGUAUACAUGGGGCAUAAAGCAAGUUUGCAACCCUCAUCCCUGGUUAGGCUUUUACAUAAUCAAAACCAAAACAACAAGCACUUUCAUCACAAGAAACAUGUACAAAUAAACAACUAGGUGGUACGUUGUCAUACUAAAGCCCGUAUGCAACUUUACAGUCAUAAACCCCAAAAUGUAAAUCAACCUGCAUACAGAAAUAAAAUGUAAACUAACCAGCACUCAACGUUCACAUUGCUGUAACGAUUUUGGGUUUAAGUUUUGGUUGUGACUUUAAAUCAACAGGCAUGGUAUUCCAUAAAUGUGAGCCUUUUGCUGAGAAGGAUUGACCCACAGUAGUUCCGCAACUCUACAAUUCCCACUUGCUGCCCCUCUGGUCUUUGCCCCAUCUCACACACACUACAGUUUUUGUAUCA